AUGGGUUGUGCCAAAGUUGCUUCUAAGACAAUUUUUGGAGGAAAGGUUGUGGUGUUUGGUGGUGAUGCAAAAGAAUAUUUGAGUAGUGACUCCAUUGACAGAUCGAAAGCUAAUGACAAUGAUGGUUUUGAGCAUUUAACUCCGGAAUUCUUAAGUUGUUUGAAAACUUUUGGGUUGCCAAAUCAUGCAUUGAAGCUAAAAAUUGGGACAUGUAUCACGUUGAUAAGGAAUUUAGAUCAAUGCGAAGGACGUUAUAAUGGUACAAGAUUGACGAUGAUGAGAUUAACAAAUCAUGUCAUUGAAGCCAAAAUUAUAUCAGGUACCUAA